AGUCUGUAUUUUCACUUUUGGUAGUUUACGCAUUUUUGUGUGCAUCUACCCCAAAAAGGUGCAGCAUGGCAACGGAUACUAGGAUCCCCACAGUUGCUGCUGAAGAGAUUGACCUGACCACGGUCCGUGUUGUUGUAAUUGUACCAGAACUCACUCUAAAAACAAAAGUGUUUGGGGCUAAGGAACCCAGCAAAAAUUGUAAAGUAGAAGUUAAACCAGAGACAAGGAGUUUACAGUUCACUGCUGAAAUAGAAGAAAAGGGCGGAAAGGUAAUCAAGUAUGAAUAUAAAGCCAACAAACUGCCUGGGGACAUUGAGCCUAAUUGCAAACCAGAGUAUAAAAAGGGGCAGGUAAUUCUUAAUUUGAAGAAGAAAGAAGAGAGUUCCUGGGCUGUGCAGCUCUCAAAGUGUGGACUGGAUCAGGACCCGGAUGCCUAGGCCCAGAGAGGGCAGGGGAGGGUAUUCAGUCAUGUGCUGCAGGCUUGUUUGUAAACAUUCAGUACUUGAUCUGAUAUUUCCAACAGAGAUUUAAUACAGAAGUACUGUACUUAUCAACUGAUAUGCUGUAGUGAAAUAUGCACAUAGCAAUAUUUACUUUUGAUGCCUUUCAUAUUUUGCUAUAGCUUUGCAACACCUAGAAUCACCUUCUUUCAUUUAAAGACUUGAAUGCUUGAAUGUUUUAAGUCCUUUUUAUACAUCAUAAAAAAAAUGUUCCUAUGUUACCUAUGAUAUAUGAUGACUUGGGAGGUUGUCAUUAGUUAGGAAGAGUUUCAGAUACAUAUAUAGGCAAAUAUUAUAAAAGGUUUUUACUUUAUGUGAUGAUAAAACAGCUGACAAAGAAACAAAGAUGUAAAAGGACGUGUUUUAGUCACUUUUAGGUUUCCUUGGAAAAAUAUUUUUUACACUUACUUUAUUAUUUUUUGAGAAGAUUAAAUCCAUUAAUUCUUGUUACAUUGUAUAUAUAUAUAGUUAAUAUUACUGUUUAUCAGUAGAUAUCCUUUAGUUGUGCAAUAAUGUUGAAAUUAAUGUAUAAGGUUAUACAUUUUUAUGUUGUAUAUGAAUAAAUGUGUUACAGAUUCUUUGAUUUUCAUAUAAAAAGCAUUUGUAUGUUGAUAACUUUAUAUGACUCUUUUUACCCAAAAUAUAGAUCUGUAAUAAUCUACUAGUUGAUACUGCGAUCUUUCAAAAAUAAAAUUCACAUUAGU